AUGCAGGGGAACGAGCUAAUUGCCCUGCUCAUCGGCAUUCUGCUACUCGUCAUUUCCAUCGGCUGGCUCGUCUUCUGCUGGUAUCGACGACAUGUCAACACGGGGGUCAUAUUGCACCAGACACGAGCUCGGACUCACCGAGACCGACGUUUUGCCAACUACGACUUGGAACGAGGACUCCAUAUCCCCGAUUAUCCACUUCCCAAAUAUACACGCUUUGGAUGGGUGCGACCAAAGCCACGAGACAAGGACAUACCGAGGGAGCCAGAUCACGUCGUCCUCCGCCGGUUGACGGACGAAGGAGGUCAUCAUCGAGGUCGUUCGUUCAGACAGGGCCAUCUCUCCCCAUUAUAUGUGGAGCCCCGACAUCCUGCCUCCCCUAUACGGAGCCAACAGCAACAAGCACCUCAAGGGGCCCGAGAGCCUCAGCAGGAGCAACAUCAGCAGCAGAAACAGGGAAAGAAACAGAGACAGCGGAACCGCAAUCAAAGAAACCAGAAAGAUAACGGGCAACAGAACAACCAAGGGAAGCAGCAAAAUCAGGGGAAACAAGACAACAAAAGCCAGAAAAACAAAAAAGAGAACGAGAACAACCAAGGAAGCCAAGGGAACAACCCAACCAACCAAGAGAAUGACCAGAAGUCGAAGAAAAUGGACAGCAACAAGGCUCACUCUGAGCAGCCUCGAGAAGAUCAACAGCCCGGAGGGGACUGGGGAAAUCAAGCCGAGUGGAAUGAUCAAAGUGACAACCAUCAUGUCCAAGGUGGCCAGAGCAAUAAUCAAAAUAAUGACGACUGGGGUCAGGAUGCUCAAGGCAACAACACGAACAAUGGUGGAGACGGAAAUUGGUAG